AGACUUCAGUGUAGAGAGAGACGUGGUGCGGGGAGGAGGUGCCGGUCCGCUCGGGUAGGGUCUGACUGGAUUACUUUGCCGCAGUGUCUAGAAAUGCCGCCAGAGGUCUGAGGGAGUGCUGAGCGGUGCUGCUGAGGGAGCCAUGAGGGUGCUGAGGCCAGUGGCGGUGGUGGUGGUAUAUUUGGCCACUGCUGCAGGCUUUAAGUAUACAAUAGACGACCUUAAGAACACUCGCUUCCUUAACAAAAUUUCUGAUGAUAUUUAUUUGGACCCGUGUAAGGCAGAUGGCUUCAUUAGUGACAUCGCUCUUCCUGUGGAGGCCUAUGAACGGGAGUUAGCAGCCCAGCGCGCGGCGGGGGGGAUAGGCCUACCCCCCACCCCCUCCCCCCUGCCGCCUCCCACACCAACGCCACCCACGCCCCCCCACACGCCAGAGACCCCCCCAGGCAGCGGCGGAAACACAUCGCGGAGAGGAGAAAGAAGAGGAGAAGAGAGAAACACAAGAAGGGGAAGAGGAAGAGGGCGGCUCCGUGCUGGCGUGGGCGUGGCUGGGAGGAAUGCGGUGAGGAGGGCGCGGGCAAGAGGAACCCUGGAGAAGAGGAAGAGGUUGAAAGCGCGGGCGAGAAGAGCCGCCACUGCAAGGAAGGAGCGGGUGUGGGACUUCGGUGUCAUCCCUUACAUGAUUGACUCCAACUUCACGGGCGCCGACAAGGGCCUGUUCAAACGAGCCAUGCGUCACUGGGAGAAAUUCACGUGCAUUAGAUUUGUAGAGAAGACUGACGAACACCCUAACUACAUCAUCUUCACCCAGCGCGAGUGUGGGUGCUGUUCGUUCGUGGGGAAGCGGGGGAACGGUCCACAGGCAUUGAGCAUCGGGAAGAAUUGCGACAAGUUUGGCAUUGUGGUGCACGAGUUGGGGCACGUGGUGGGGUUCUGGCACGAGCACACCAGGCCUGACCGCGACAACCACGUGGUCAUCAUCAGGGAGAACAUACAGGCAGGUCAGGAUUACAACUUCAACAAACUAACUGCAGAAGAAGUCAAUUCCCUGGGCCUCCGGUAUGACUUCAACUCAAUCAUGCACUACGCCCGCGCCACGUUCGCCAUGGCCACGCACCUCGAUACCAUACGGCCGCGCCCAGAGCCCAACCAUGCCAAGUUACCUGAAAUAGGCCAGAGGAUACGGUUGUCUGAAGGGGACAUUGCUCAGACUAACCUUCUUUACAAGUGUCCCAAGUGCGGCAGGACGUACCAGGAGAGCAGCGCCGUGUUCUCGUCGCCCUCCUACGUGAACUCCGCGCCGCCGCCUGGGGGAGAGAAGUGUGAGUGGCGCAUCACGGCCACGCACGGGGAGGCCAUCGUGCUCAACAUCACCUCCAUGGACAUCUUCAAGAGUGACGGCUGCUCCACAGACUUCCUGGAGGUGCGCGAUGGAUACUGGCACAAGAGUCCGUCCCUGGGCCGGUUCUGCGGGAGUCUGCGGCUGCCAAAGAGAAUUGUUUCCACUGGUAGUCGAAUGUUAAUUUCCUACGUGACAUCAGUGAACCAGAAUGGACAUCGUGGGUUCACUGCGAGUUAUGAAGCGGUGUGCGGAGGGGACCUGACGAUGGAGCAGGGGCAUUUGGAGAGCCCUAACUACCCUGAUGAUUACGGGUCCAACAAGGAGUGUGUCUGGCGCAUUACAGUGCCAGAAGGACACCAGGUGGCACUGCGCUUCCACUCCUUCGAGAUUGAGGAGCAUGACGACUGUGUGUACGACUAUCUGGACAUUCGUGACGGCCACGAGGAGAACUCAACCCUAAUAGGCGUGUUCUGUGGCUACAAGAUUCCAAGUGACAUCAAAUCAGUCUCCAACAAAAUGCGGAUUAAGUUCGUGACAGACGGGUCGGUGCAGAAAGCUGGGUUCUCUGCCACAUUCCUGAAGGAGUAUGAUGAGUGUUCCAGUUCAGACCAUGGGUGUGAACAGGAGUGCCUCAACCAGCUGGGCGGGUACGAGUGUCGCUGCAAGAUUGGCUACGAACUGCACUCCGAUGGCAAGAGGUGUGAGGAUGCGUGUGGGGGAAGGAUAGACUACCCGAAUGGCACUAUCAACAGUCCGUCCUUCCCAGAUUUCUACCCAGUAAACAAGAACUGUAUUUGGGAGAUUAUUGCACCACCCCAGUACAGAAUCACCCUCAACUUCACACAUUUUGACCUGGAGGGGAAUAAUGUGAGUCAAGAUUGUGAGUACGACAGUGUGGACAUCCGUAGCAAGCUGGGAGUGACGGAAAUGAGGAAGCAUGGGGUGUUCUGCGGCCAGAGUCUGCCCUACCUCAUCACCUCCGAGGGCAACAGUCUGCGCAUUGAGUUUAAUUCGGACAAUUCGGUGCAAAAAAGUGGAUUUGCUGCCGUUUUCUUUACUGAUAAGGACGAGUGUGCCAUUGACAACGGAGGCUGCCAACACGUCUGCAAGAAUACCAUUGGCUCGUAUGUGUGUUCGUGCUCCAAUGGCUUCACGCUGCAUGAAAACGCCCACGACUGCAAGGAGGGAGGCUGCAAACAUGAAAUUAUAGCACCUGUUGGGGAAAUUUUCAGUCCUAACUACCCUGAUUAUUAUCCAUCAAGAAAGGAGUGUGUUUGGCUCUUCACGACCACGCCAGGGCAUCGUAUCAAGCUGGUAUUUGAUGAGUUUGAGAUGGAGCCCCACCAGGAAUGCACUUAUGACCACAUAGCGCUGUACGAUGGCACCACCUCCGAGUCUGGGUUCCUUGGGCGCUACUGUGGUGCCAAGGUGCCGCACCCCAUCGUGGCGUACAACAACCAGAUGUUUAUGGUGUUCAAGUCGGACUCCUCAGUGCAGCGGAAAGGCUUCAGGGCACGACACACGACUGUGUGUGGCGGGGGACUGAAGGCAACAAGCAGAGUGAAGCACAUGUACUCCCACGCUAAAUACGGCGACCAGAACUAUGACAACAAAGAAGACUGUGACUGGAUCAUACAAGUAAACCCUGGGGAGAAUGUUCACCUCACUUUCCUCACCUUCGAGCUGGAGGACGAGCAUGACUGUGGGUACGACUAUGUGGAGGUCUUCAGCGGCUACAGUGACUCGGGCCCCUCCUACGGGAAGUUCUGCGGGAAUACGAUCCCACAAGAGAUAGUAUCCAUCAACGACGCGCUGCUGGUUCGUUUCCGCACGGACGACACCAUCAACACCAAGGGCUUCUCAGCAGCCUACGUGGCCAUUCCUGAGGAGACGACCACAGAGAACACCACCUCCGACAACAACUUCAGCUACAGCUACAGCUUCUCCCGAGGCUACUAGGGGGGAAGGGGGUGUGGCGGG